AUGGCGACGAUCGCCUUCUGGAUUGAGGCAGACAUCCACGACGCGUUCCUUAGCGACUCCACAAGAAGUCAGGUACGAAUGACGCGGAUUGGUGAAGAUUGGCAGCACCGUGCGGGUCGUGUGGUCUUGACUUAUGCACACUACUAUGCUGAGUACGCUGAAGGAGCGAUCAGACAGUCCAACGAGAGUCUCAGGGGCAGCCAUGUGGUCGAUCAUUGCAACCGCGGGAUCCCCGCUUUGUUCCCGGAGUUUCUUCGGCUUCCGGCGCGAUUCCCUGAACUGGCUGGAAUUCUUGAUUUGUAUCUGCAGAUCGUCCCUUCGCUUAAGGUGAUAUAG